AUGUCAGACUAUCGCAGGAAUUUGACGAUUAUCGUGACGGCUGUGAUGCUGGUCGUCUCCACUGCCGUGUACGGCCUGCGACUACUGGCUCGGCGCAUGCUGAAGAAGCCCCUGCGCAUCGACGAUUACUGUAUGGGUGUGGGGGUGUUUAUGAGUUAUGUCAUUGCCGUCUGCAACUUUGUUGCCGCUGCGAACGGCCUCGGGGAGCAUGAAGAUACAUUGAGUGCGAAGCAGAGAACGAAUGUUCUGAUAGCCACAUUCAUCUUGGAGAAGGUCUGGUCAUUUGCACUCAUGUUCGUCAAAUCUUCGAUCAUUCUCUUCUACCUCCACAUCUUCCGCGGCCCGCGGUUCAGCGUGGCGUGCUACGUGCUUCUUGCCUUCACCGUGUGCUGGAUGCUGGCUGCCUUCCUGGGAAACACCUUCCAGUGCACACCCGUGCGGUACUUUUACGACAAGUCCAUCGUGGGCUCCUGCAUGAAUCCCCGGCCAUUUUUCCAAGCGAUUGGCAGCAUUAGCGUUGUCGAGGACGUCGCCAUUCUCUGUUUGCCGAUGCCGAUCCUGUGGCAGCUCCAGAUUGAGCCAAGAAAGAAGGCGAUCUUGAUUUUCAUUUUUUCCCUAGGUGGUUUUGUCUGUGUCGCGAGCAUCAUGCGUCUCAUCACUUUCAAUGAGAUCCGCGACGACGAUUUGACCUAUACCAAUGUCGACUCCGGAUUGUGGACGUACAUCGAACUCGCGGCCGGCAGCAUCUGUUGUUCCCUCGCCCUGCUCCGCCCUCUUUUUGGCCGUCUCUUGAAUAUUGGACGAGGCAGCCAGUCACACACGUACCGGGAACACGGCCGAAAUACCACCCCAGAUCUAUAUGCGAAAGCAUGGCCGGCGAGGACGGUCAACACUGCUGCAUCUGUGGAACCCAAUAACGACGCAGUACAGCUGGGGGGAUUCAUACGGAUCAAGACAGAUAUCCGUCUGGAUGUUGAGCAAUCACCAGUAUCUAUUUAA